AUGGCUGCAAUAUGCAACCGCUACUGCAUGGAAGCUGUCAAAAUGCGACAGAACAAAAUCAACUGCUCCUUACCUUUGAUGGACCCCACUACAGCGAAUGCGCUUUUGCGUCGACUAGACGACCUCGAGCUCCGAGUUGGGGCCUCUAGUGAUGACGAAGAUAGUGCUGAUCUCAAAAAUCAGGUCAAAUAUUUACAAAGAGACCUUCAUAAAUUGUAUGAAACGCGACCAGAAAUCAAGAAAUUGACAACUUUGACAGAACAAUUGAACCUUCUGAACGAACCCAGGGCACCUGUAGACACCCAAAGUGGCCAAUUGACUGCUGAAGAGAAGAAAAAGGUUCUUCUACUAAAAUAUCCCCAAGUAAAAACCGCCUAUAAUAAUCUCAUUGAGCUCAGUAAUAUGGACAUUUCACGGCUAAUUAACAAUAUUUCGUCGUUGCUGGACAAGACACGCAACCUUGGCAGUGACCGCAACAAGCUAUUGAGGCGAGAAAAGCAAAUCAAGCAGCUCACAAGCGACUUCCAUUGGCUCGUCGUGAAAAAUAUGUGUGUGUUGGAACGGUAUACCGCGCUAGCGAUUGAACAAAACGAGUUCUGGACCGACGUGGAGCGCCAAAUGAAGCAGAUCAGCACCGCAAUGACGAUUGAACGAAAAAAUCAGCCUAAAUACUGA